GUCACUGGCCACUUUAUCACGUGACUGAGUGGGCGUAUUUAAGCCUCUGGCGCGGGAUCCUCGGAGAGGAGUAAAAGACCGAAACGGCAAGUAGGGGUUUAAAAAGCGGAUACGGUCUCGAGGAAUAACAAUGAAUGUAAAUGGAAAAGUAAAGCUGAGCCACAAGAAGUCUAACGAGAAUGUGAAAAGCUUUUUCACACCUUCUCAAAAGACUAUGGGACCUGCCAGGCAAACCCUGCAAGUUCGUCAGGUCAACUCUGACCUGGGGAGGUCAGCUCAGGCAGGAAAAGUCAGUCCCAAGCGGAAGAAUUGGACAGCUGAUCAAAUCAGAGGUCCAAAGAGGGUGAAGAUGGAAGUCAAAUGCACUCAAACAGAAGCGGCUGAUUGCUUAACAGAUGGCAUGUCCAAAGAAGCAUAUGAUCUCAUGGUCAAAGAAACUCCUCCUUCCACCUACUGGAAAGAGGUAGCAGAGGAGCGACGGAAGGCAUUGUACAAUGUCCUACAGGAGAACGAGAAGCUGCACAAAAGCAUCGAGGCCAGAGAUGAACAGAUAACUAAGCUUCAGAGUGAAAAUGAAGAGCUGCAGGAGCUUGCUCAGCAUGUGCAGUACAUGGCUGACCUGAUUGAGAGACUGACUGGGAAGUCUCCUGACAGUCUGGAUGAGCUGAGGGCAAUUGCGCUUGAUGAAGAUGAGGCUGAACAUGAGGACUGCAAUGAUGACUUGGCAGGUCAGAGUGAAAAAGACCCUGAUUCCAGUCAGAGCUUUGCAGAAGCGUCAGAUGAUGAAGAGCCAGGACCCUCGGGACAGCAGCAUUAACACUGCAUAUCAUGAGACUCUCAAAUUCAGUGUUUUGAAAUGUCUGGAAUUUUUUAAUUUUGUUCAGAUGGGUAUCGGCUUGUGUUUUUAAAUUAUCAAUGCUUGCUCAAGUAGCGGUCUUAAAGCUAAGUCAGUGAGGGUUUUCUUUAGUGGAGACCUUGAUGUGUCAUAGAAGUACAGAUAAGUGAAUGCUUCAGCUGCUUGAGCUGGAGACUUCAGCUUCACCUGAAACAGUCUCUUCAUUUAAGCUGGCUGAGAGCAGGGCCACUGUAAAAGUUUAUAAAUGUGUUCAGCUGUGACUCUGGCUUUAUCAGAAAACAGGAGCUGCUUCAGAAUAGACUACCUGUAAAGGUGAGGCACUUCACAACCAUUAAUCUAAAAUAAGUUUAACCCAGGCAUUCAUGCCGAUGAAGCCAAAAUACUCGUACAACUGUGUUCUUUGACGUCUCCUUGUCCUGUUGCGCUGCUUGAGUUUACAUCAGUUACUUGAAUUCCUGUGAUAAGUUGAAAUGUUGUUCACUGGGGGGGUCUCAUGGUCAGACGUGGCCAAGACCAUG